ACUCUCUGAAUGCAAAGCUGUUUACUUUUCCAACACACUUCACUCCACCCUUUAUAUUCUUUUCCCCCCUGCCACACACAACCUUCAAACAAACACAAAAAAUGAGACUUUCAAUUUCUUCUUGCACCUUCAUCCUAUUCACCCUACUCUUCUCUUUGAUUAUUCAAGAGAAUUAUGCUAGAAAGAUAAACAAUAUCAUGGAAGUUGAAAAUUCUGAUCAUGAAGAUCAACACAAUUCUCAUAAGAAUCAUCAUCAAAAUCAACUAGAGCCUGAAUUGAACGUAUUUUUCGUUCCGACCGAUCUAAAAAUCGGAAAAAUAAUGCCGAUUUAUUUUUCGAAAAAAGACAUAUCAACAACUCCAAAAUUCCUCCCUAAAGAAGACUCCGAAAAACUCCCUUUCACCCCAAAAAAACUCCCUCUCCUACUAGAUUUCUUCUCCAUCCCAAAAGACUCACCACAAGCCAAAGCCAUGAAGUACACCCUAGACCAAUGCAACUUUGAACCAAUGGAAGGAGAAACCAAAUUCUGCGCAACAUCGUUAGAAUCUCUAUUCGAUUUCGCAAACUCCAUGUUCGGUCCAAACUCAAACUUCAAGUUUUUGACCACAAAACAUGUCACAGAAUCCACCAUCCCUUUACAAAACUACACCAUAACAAAAGUGAACAAAAUCUCAGUUCCUAAUGCUUUUGGAUGUCACCCCAUGCCAUACCCUUAUGCGGUAUUCUAUUGUCAUACACAAAAGGGUGAUGCCAAUUUAUAUGAGAUUGUUGUUGAAGGAGAGAAUGGUGGAGUUGUUGAAGCUGCGGCGAUUUGUCAUAUGGAUACGUCGAAAUGGGACGCCGAUCAUGUCGCCUUUCGGGUUCUUAAUACUCGGCCGGGGAAGUCUCCGGUGUGCCAUUUUUUUCCGCCUGAUAAUCUGGUUUUGGUUCCUACACCAUAAAAAAUUGUAGUUGUUUUGUUUAUGUAUGUGUAUGACAAACUUGUCAACUAUAAUAAUAAUAAUAGUAAUAGUUCUAGAAUGGUGUAAUAUCAAAGAUCAUCUUGAUGCAAAACUAGAUAAUAAAGAUGAUGUUAUUGUAUGAUUUUAUAUCUUUGUAGUUCUCAAUUAUAUUUUGUA